AUGAGAGAUAUUAACCAAAUAGAGAGCGUUCUCGUCUCGAUGAGUAUCGCAGCGCCACGUUUGAGAGACUUUCACGCAUUACUAUUUAGAAAGAAAGAAAAUGUUCAACGUAUUUCUAAAGUUGAUAAAACACGAUAUGAGCGAUCGAAAAGUAUGAAUGAUGUUUUGCGGCCUAUCGAUAUUCUGAGCAUUAUCUUUGGAUUGCGGUUUUUGAGAUUUUCUCGAGGUCAUUCCAGAUCAAUACUUAAUUUCUUUUAUUCGAUGUUACUUUGCUGCCUUUAUUUUACAUCUCGUUUUUAUUGGUCAGACAACAGAUUAAUUGAUGUACACGAAACUAUAUUUCAUAUUACAUCUACCGUACAUUUUAUAGUGAUAGUUACGAUACUUAUAAUAGGAUUAUAUCGAAGAGAGGCAUUGAAAUUAUGUGCUAAAAAGAUAGACGAGAUCGAUAAAACGCUUCAAGCGUUAGGCUCAUCAGCAUAUUUCAACAACAUUUACAAUAGAACAAUAAGGGACAUAACGAUAAUUAUCAUUUAUUUAUUCUUCUCCUUUACGAUAAAGAUCGUAGGGCAAAUUUUAAAAGAUUGGCCGUUUAUAAAGUCGUUAAAAAUAUGUUCCUACAUAUUUUUACAUACGUAUAGUUUCAUGGUUGAAUUUUUACUGGUGAUCGAAUUCCUUACCAUUGUGAGGUGUAUCAAAUCGGAAUUUCAACGAGCGAACGAACUUCUUGCCGAUGUCAAUGUUCUACCUAUUUCUUCUAUUGCUUCGGAAUUAUUUGAACAUAGAGAAGCUGAUGGUUCUUUUUCUAUAGAACGAGUCCUCCCUGUCAAUUCGAAAAAAUUAUUUAUCGUUGCACCAUCAUUAAGACAAAGGCAGUCGCAAUUACAAAUUUCGAGUCACAAAAUAAAUAGAAGUAAGAUGUUGUUACGAACAAUCAGACAGAUUCAUCUGGAAUUGUACAGAGUAUCCGACAAUCUUAGUAAUAUGUAUGGCAUACAGAUAUCCCUAGAAAUGGCAAUGUGUGUUAUGCUCAACACAUAUGUGCUAUAUAAUUUUUAUGUGAAAACGCUUUUGUUGUUUUUACAACAUUCGACUAAGAUUUUUUUCGUUAAUUAUUUUUGUGAUAAAACAACAAAAGAGGCUGAUCGAACCAACGAAAUUAUUCACACAUUUUAUGGACAAAAUACGGAUUUCGAGAUACAAGAGGAGGUAGAAGUAUUUUCUUUGCAAAUGAUGCGACAUCAUAACACUUAUACCGCAUUCGGUUUAUAUAAUCUUAAUUGCAAACACAUUUGUUCGUGCAUUGCCAUUAUAACGACAUACAUGGUUAUCAUGAUACAAGUAACCGAUUCAAAAGUUAAUAUCUAUAAGUGGGUUUCAUCGAACGAUCGCAUCAAAGAAAAAGACAGUUCCCACUUAUCUGAACGUAAAUAUAAAUAUGAUUAUGAAAUGUAG